AUUUUCCUUUUAAAUCUCAACGUGUCAGCAUCGGCAGCACAAAGGAAGGAAGAACAUCACUCUUGAAUUUAAAAAAAUAAAUUAAUUUAUUUUUUUAUUUUACUCAACAUAGCCUAAGUAAUUUAAAUUUAAACAACAACACGAUAAAAAAAGUAACGAUGAAACUAUUUUUGUGCGCGUUAUUUGUAAUCGCCGCGGCGGCGACCCAAAUUGUUUUCGCCGAAGAAAUCAAAUUGGAAGAUGGUGUUUUAGUUUUAACGAAAAAUAACUUCAAUUCCGCUAUCACCGACAAUGAAUUUGUUUUAGUUGAAUUCUAUGCCCCAUGGUGUGGACAUUGCAAAGCAUUAGCACCUGAAUACGCUAAGGCUGCCCAAAAAUUGGCCGAAACAGAAUCUCCAAUUAAAUUGGGUAAAGUUGAUGCCACCGAAGAGGGUGAACUCGCUGAAGAAUAUCAAGUUCGAGGCUAUCCAACAUUGAAGUUCUUCCGUAAUGGUGUUGCCGUUGAUUAUGCUGGUGGACGUCAAGCUGAUGAUAUUGUCGCUUGGGUCAACAAGAAGACCGGACCACCUGCCCUUGAAUUGUCAACAGUCGAAGAAAUCGAGAAAUUCUUGAAGGAUAAUGAGAUCGCUGUUGUUGGUUUCUUUGCCGAUCGUGAAAGCGAAGAAGCUAAGGCCUUCCUUGCCGUUGCCAAUGGUCUCGAUAGCUUUGUUUUCGGUAUCACCACCAACGCUGAACUUAUUGCCAAAUACGAAGCCAAGGAAAACCAAGUUGUUCUCUUCAAGCCAUACGAUGACAAGAAGACUAUCUACCAAGGUGCUAUUAACCAAGAAGAUCUCAAGAAAUUCGUCCAAGUCUACUCACUGCCUUUGAUUGUUGACUUCAACCACCAAUCAGCAUCGAAGAUUUUCGGCGGUUCCGUCAAAUCGCACAUGUUGUUCUUCGUCUCAAAGGAAAAGGGACACGUUGAGAAAUACGUUGAACCAUUGAAGGAUAUUGCUGCAAAUUACCGUGAUGAAAUUCUUUUUGUUACAAUCAGCGCUGACGAGGAAGAUCACGCUCGCAUCUUUGAAUUCUUCGGCAUGUCCAAGGAUGAAAUUCCAAGUAUUCGUUUGAUUAAAUUGGAAGAAGAUAUGGCCAAAUACAAGCCACCAACCAAUGACUUGAGCCCCGAAGCUGUUAAGAGUUUUGUUGAAGAUUUCAUUGCUGGAAAAUUGAAGCAACAUUUGUUGUCUCAAGAAUUGCCAGAAGAUUGGGACAAGAAUCCAGUUAAGGUGCUCGUUGCCACCAACUUCGAUGAAGUUGCACUUAACCCAGAAAAGGAUGUCCUUGUUGAAUUCUAUGCUCCAUGGUGCGGACAUUGCAAACAAUUGGUUCCAAUCUACGACCAAUUGGGUGAAAAAUACAAGGAUCACCCAACCAUUGUCAUUGCCAAGAUGGACUCCACCAUCAAUGAAUUGGAACACACCAAGAUCUCAUCGUUCCCCACACUUAAAUUCUACCGCAAGGGUGACAACCAAGUGAUCGAAUACAACUUGGACAGGACCUUCGAAGACUUCGUUAAAUUCUUGGAUGCUGGCGGUGAAAUGGCAGCACCUGAGGAAGUUACCGAAGAAGUCCUUGAUGAACCUUCGGAAGGAAAGAUCGAAAAAGAUGAAUUGUAAAUUCCCAACAACAUCAUUCAAAUACUACCAGUAGAAAACAGUUUAUAUAGCCACCUUUUACAAAAUACAAUCCAAUCUUCUGUUCAUUCUAAAAACAACAAACAAACAAAACAAGAAAACAAAAAGGAUCAGGAUCCAUAAAUGAGAGAGUAAAAAAAAUUAUUAAAUUUAAUUUGUUUUCUAAUUACUUUGAUAUUUCUUUUUUACUUUAAGAGAACAAUAUUUUAGUUAUAUAAUUAAGUUUUUUUUAUAUUAUACGCUAAAGUAAACAUUUAUGUCGUCGUAGGAAGGCUAGGGAAAAUACAAAAAUAAUAUAAAAAAAGAGUAAAAACAUUGAAACUUCCAUAGUUGAGAGAAACAUGUUUAUUUGUAAUACUAAAAAAUUAUUAAACAUAAAAAGAAAAAAAAAACAUACUUUCUGUGAAAAGAACUGAUAAGAAAAAUACAAACUAAUAAAGAAAAAACCUUUUUUUAUAAAAAAAAAA